UCUUUUCAGAACUUAUUGGGAAACUUAAAAGACCGUAAUUAUAGAAGAGGUAAUUUUGAUGAAAUUAGCUUUAUAGUGCAAUAAAACGUAUCUAUUCCAUUUUCGACAUAAGCUCUGUGUACAAUUCUUAUUUACCUUUUUAACCAUUUUUAACAAAUUGUCGAUGAUUGAUCGUUUCAAGGUAGCAUCCAUGGUGGGAGUCAUCCAAUUGUAACUAGCGGUCAGAACAUUUUUAUAGUUCAAACUAUCAAACAAUUUUUUUAAAAUCUGAUGGCGAUCGCGUCUUCUUUAAGGGUCAAAUAAUUAGAGCCACAUCGGUCAUUGGAAAUAAUAAUGCCAUAAACAACUCCAAAUCCUUACAGGAAUACUACAAAUAAUAUCGUCGUUCAGAUAUUGGCAUUUUUUUCCAAUCUCACUGAAAUAUGUAAACUUGUAGUUUAUGGCAUACGAAUGUUCUCUAAGUAUUACAGUUUAUAUUUCUGACCAUUGUCAAUUUCUUCCUAGCGAAGGAUAUCGGUCGUACAUACGUAUAUGUAUUAAUAAUCGGAAGCAGUUAAAAGAAGGUUCCAUUUAAUGAAAUAGAAUUUCCGGUCGGUUUUAUGUUCUCGGUAUGCGUUUAAUUGGGAAAAAUAUGGCCGUAAAAAUCAGUUAAACGUGAAUUUAUUAAAUACCUAGCAAUCAAUAGAAUGGCCUUUCGUACAAGCGGCAGAUGUUUCGCUCAAAUGUGACCCAAUUUUGAACCCUUCCUCUUACCUCUUUUUCAGCUAGCUAAACUGCUGAACUGUCAUGCGGCAUGUGUUCCCCCCGUAUAAAAGCUCAUAUUACUUCUAUUGAUGUCACCCAUACUUACCAAGCCUAAAAUCGCUUUAAUAAAUCACUGGGUGUUCAAAUUUAGACAUGCACACCAAACACCAUUAAACUUAAUGCCGUUUUCUAAACCAACAGCAGCAUAUGUUUAAUAUUAUAAGUGUCCCAUUUUAAUAAAAAAAUGUUUAUCAAAAAUACCACCAGUGCAUACGUGAGCUCCAUGUACACAUUUUCUGCGUAAAAAUUCAUAAUUUUUUGCUAGAUAUUUUUGAAAUAAACUUAUUCUUGCAUUUUGUGGUAAAAGCAGUAACAUUGCCACUAUGGAGUGCUGUUUGGCCAGUUUCCGUACCAGCUGCUGCGAAGGUCACGAGUAGGUGCGUAUGUUUCGUCACUUGACGCUGACUUACCUUAAAGUCAUAUCAACAUACAACAUACCUUUAGUUAGCAUUACUUAUUAGUACCUAAUAAGAAUAUGUACCUGUCAUAAUUUUUUGGGAUCACUUCUAAAUUUUUGGUUUUGAAUAUAAAGCAAUUCAAAAAGUGUGGGUGGAAUAUAUUUGUCCAGUCACGUGCAUUUGAAAAUAUUUCCUGCUUCUGUGAAAAUUGCCCUAAAGUAUCCAAAUUCUCAAAAUCUUUGGAAUAAAUCGCAACACUUCCAAACGUUUUUAGUUUCAUUUAAAUUUUGUGAAACUAUUUGAAGGGAAGAUGCACAUGCUUGAUCCCUGGCUUCAAUUAAGUCAUCAUUCGCAAAGCGGCGCUCCUUUAGCUUAUACUAAUCACAAGGAGCGAGAUCGGAACUGUAGAGGGGUGGCUCAGCAGAGUAAAUCCACAAGCUUUCAGGAAAUCGGUUGCUUUUUAGAGUUCCUAGACUUGUAUAUUUUCAACAUGUCCCGACACCAUUGUCACGAAUUCCUCCACAGCGGCUACAUAUUUCUUCGUAAUACAUUCAGGAGCCCUUUCCGAUCGUUCUUCCUCCUCAAGAUUAAACAAGCCCUGUUCAAACUGUUUGUAUCACUGGUACACUAUGCUAUGGCUUGGGUAAGCCUCUCCAAAAAUAGGUGUUACUUCAUUAACACACUUUUCAACACUCACAUCAUGGUUAAAAUUGUAAAGUACAGUCACACGAAAAUCUCAACGUAUUAACUCUGCUAUUGCGAACACUUCAGCGGACAAUAGCUCAAUAAAGAUAACCAAAUGUGGCCUAUAAUAUUCUUUAUCUGACAAUUACAGUAUAGACACGAUUAUCUGGAUCCCAGUCGUAUGGAUUCCAGAUUAUCCGGAUUGCCAACACCUAGCAAAUAUCUUUUUAGUCUAGUUGCAAUGUAGCCAUGUUAGAGAUUGCAGUAUACUUUUGAAGUGAAACUUCUAUACAGACGACGGGGUAUUACGAUUUUAAAGUGAAACUUCUAUUACGUUUUUUUCUGUCACGAAAAAGCGUUACGGUCGCGUGGAGAGGAUAGACGGUAUAUCGCGUGGAGAGAGGCCGCAACGGCGGAGGGAAAGAUAGGUUGGUGGCGGCGGAGAGAGGGCAACGGUUCUAUUAGAUGUAUAUAAUGCGCAGCCACGUGGAGAGCGGAAAGACUACUAGAGUCCCGGUGGCGUGUGCUGUGCUCAGCUGUUGUUUUCUUACCUCUGCUCUCUACGUGGC